CUUGUAAAUACAACUCAGACAAGCUGUAUCCCUGCGCACCCGAUAAUCAGUUCCAGUGGCAAGUGUUUUCCGUACUAUUUCCCCAAUGGGUACUGUAAAAAUGUCUUGGCUAAUACCUCUCUUUUUGCCAAUUUUUUGGAACAGAAAGGUACUGAGGAUACUCUGACUUUUAUGGAUAAUGGUCGAAAGUUGUUAGAAGCUCAUGGUAGAAUAAUUAUAAGCAAGGCUUGUCUGAGAAUCUACUUCAUAGCGAACUGUCCAGAGUAUUUCCCAAUAUGUGAUGUGACUUCUAAUAAGGUGAUGGGAAGACCAAUUUGCAGAGAAAGUUGCGAAUAUGUCUCUAAAGUCUGCGCCAAGGAGCUGGAAAUGGCUAAAGGCUAUAAUAAGAAACAAGCUGGAUCAGGGUAUCCUCUGGUCUGGAUCCUCGUCAACUGCACUGAUUUUAAGUACCGUAAUGGUGGAGACAACCCAGAGUGCUACUAUCCGAGGGAAAUGAACUUAAAUGUCCUCAAUAUAGCCAGAAUUUCAUUUCUUCCAAAACGAGCAAGGGUAAACUUGAUAGCUGAAACAGACAAGAUUCAAAAUAAAGAAUGUUAUUACGGAAAUGGUCUCGGUUACCGCGGAACAAUUAGUACGACAAAAUCAGGUCACGUGUGUCAGGCGUGGUCAUCACAAUGUCCUCAUCGUCACGAUCAUCCAUUGGCUGAAUAUCCUGAACUGGUUAAUGCUUCCAAUUGGUGCCGCAAUCCAGGAGGCCAGGCACCUAACGGUCCAUGGUGCUAUACGUCCAAAUGUAUAGGAAAAGAAAAAUCUGAAAACCAAGAUGUGCCAAUUGCAGCAAUAUUAGUACCUGUUGUGGUCAUGKCAGUCGUUCUAAUCGGAGUGGGUAUUCUGUUUUGGAGAUGGAUGCGCAAGAAAAAGGAAGAAGAGAAGGAACUUAGAGAAAGAAUUCAAAGACUAAGUGAAAACCCAUAUGAGUCAGCAGUGGACUGGUUUGAUCUACUAAAAAUUAAUGUCAUCAAGCAAUGGUGGGAGAUUCCUCGUGAUGAUUUGACUCUUGAAAACGUUCUCGGGUCGGGUGCCUUUGGUGUUGUAAAGAAAGGCUAUUUGAAGAAGGGAAUCAAAGGGAAAGGAGAUGAUAUCAUGCAAUGUGCUGUCAAGAUGUUGAAAGAAAACCCAUCUGAACGUGAGUURCGCGACUUAUGCAGCGAAAUUAACAUAAUGUGCAAAAUUGGAGAUCACCCGAACGCCGUGAGCCUUAUUGGUGCGUGCACGAUUAACGGACCUCCUUUGCUUGUGGUGAAAUUUGCCCCAAAUGGCUGCCUCCUUGACUACCUCAAAGAAAACCGGCCAUUACCUGAUUAUGAAAACCAAAAGACAGAUCGUAAAGUAAUCAGCGAAAAGGAGCGACUGACGUUUGCAUACGAGAUCGCUCAAGGGAUGUCACAUCUUGAAAAACAUAUGUAUGUCCACCGUGACUUAGCUGCUCGUAACAUCUUGCUUGGUAAGGACAUGAAUGCUAUGGUUUCGGACUUUGGCCUAUCACGAGACAUUUACGAUGUUGGGAUAUAUGAGAACACAGCAGGGGUAUGUACACCGAAAUAGUACUUUUACCAU